AUGAGGCCAUUCAAAGCAAGCCUGAGCCCUUUCAAGAGACAAUUCUCUACCUCUUUGUCGGUUGCAAACAUCGACAAGACAACCCAUUUUGGGUUCAAAACCGUUCGUGAAGAGGAUAAGGAGAGACUCGUCAAGGGAGUGUUCUCGUCGGUCGCUUCCAGUUACGAUGUCAUGAAUGAUAUUAUGUCAGUGGGUGUGCAUAGAUUAUGGAAGGACCAUUUGAUCAAGAAGCUUGAUUGCGGGAUGCGCCCUGGAUCAGAGAAACCGUUGGAGUUCCUGGAUGUGGCUGGAGGUACCGGAGACAUUGCAUACGGGUUGUUGGACCACGCGCGGGAUAAGUUCCACGACACUCAGUCAAAAAUUACUAUUGCUGAUAUCAAUGCGGAUAUGCUGCUUGAGGGCCAAAAAAGAUUGCUUUCCACGCCGUAUGCCCAGUCUGGAAGAGUCUCUUUCCUCGAGCAGAACGGUGAGGUUUUGGACAAAAUCGAGGAUAACUCGAAAGACGUGUACACAAUUGCCUUUGGAAUCCGUAACUUCACCAACAUCCAAGCCGGUUUGAAUGCUGCGUACCGUGUGCUCAAACCAGGUGGAAUCUUUGCCUGUCUCGAGUUCUCCCACGUCGAUAACCCGGCUUUGGACUACUUAUACCAGGCCUACUCCUUCUCUGUAUUGCCUCUGAUGGGUCAAUUGGUUGCAAACGACAGAGAAUCCUAUCAAUAUCUCGUUGAGAGUAUCCAGAGGUUCCCACCUCAGGAGGACUUCGCUGGAAUGAUCCGCAAGGCCGGUUUCUAUGUACCAGGAAAGGGCUAUGAAAACCUCACAUUUGGAGUUGCUGCCAUCCACUUGGGAGUUAAAAUGUAA